GAGUGGCCAAGCAGUCCAGCAUCUUUGCCAACAACAUCCCAAAUAGAAGCGUGCAGAACUAGACAGGAGAAACAAUGGAAGGAGAAAAAAAUGUGGUUUUACAAACACUGUUCAACAAGAACCAAAGUGCAUUUUGAUUCUGUAAUCUAUCGAGCCCAUGUUGGACGUGAGAAUCGGUGGCCCAUUGGGAAAGGUAUUCCCUGAAGGACUGAACUCUUGAAAGCCUGUUUGUUUUUGGGCUGCAACCAUUGAAGUUGUUGUUUUUUCAGUAUAUCCUUUCUGAGGAGGAAAGAGAUGAAAGGGAGGAGCUCCUGACCCAAGUUGAAAUCCAAGGGAGCAUCAACGAAGUCAACAGUAAGUGAUGUCAUUUUGUGAAGGAAGUGCGAGGUGAUAGUCUUUUGUUCCCUCAAGUCCCCUGAAGUUGUGUGGCAUCCUUUUCCUCUUUCUGCCUUCUGCUUUUGACAUUGUUUUUGUGGAGGACUUUCGUGCGAGUCCAUUCAUGAGGCUCGGGGGGCUUCUCAUGGUUUGACACCUCCCCAACUCCCAUGGGAUGAAAUCUGUGACCUUGUCCACUGUAGCUGCUCCGCAACUAUUUGGCCCCUUUUGUGGUGCCGGAAGGCUGAGACACGCCAUCUGCCCCUUUCCAUCAAGGAUCAUUCAUCUCUGAUGUGGUCUAGGUAUUGUAGACCUCUCCGUGGUCAGGGUAAGUGGUGAUUGGCUAGGCUGGUGCUGCCCGGAAGAGUAGUGAUCGUUAAACCCCCAAUCCCUGAGCGAUUCAAGGGGAAACACCAGCAAGUACAUAAAGUGUGAUUCUGACUGCCAUCUGACUGCCUCCUUGUCCUCCAGGGCUCGCUGCUGUCGAUGAGAUCAAUGCUGUGAUUCGGGAAGGUAUUCCCAGUAACACCGUGAUGGCACUCAUGAAACCUGAGGCCCAGCUCCCGACCGUUCAUCCCUUUGCUGCUGUUCUCUAUCAGGAUGAACUGUUCAACCUUCAGAAACAGAGCUCUUUGAACUACUUGGCCCCCGAGGAGCUGUCCACGACAGUAGAGAAGGUGUCAGCUGUUGCUCUGCUUAACCAGGCGUUGGAAACCGAGGAUCUUGAGUUGACCCAGGAUCGUCUCAGAAAUCCCUCAAUUGACUUCAAUAACCUGGAUGAAGCACACUUGGAACGGUACGCUAGCAGGCUCAUGUCCAUCAAAAGAGAAGCCUCAUCUCAAGGACAGGAUAACGUGAGGCGGGAUGAAAUGCAGAAUCAAAUCGAUAGGGUCAAUGAGGAAAUUCAAGAAGCUGAAAUUCAAGCAGAAGAAAUGCAUGCUGCAGUCAUUGCCAUCAGUGAAGCCAUUAAGGAGGGCAUCACAGAAGAGACUCUUGUAACUCUCAAGAAUCCCAAAGCCGUUUUAAUGUCUGUGGAUGAUAACCUGGCUGCGAAUUAUCAAAAGGAACUUUGGGAAGCCAAGCAGCAGAAAGAAGAGAAGGUACUUUAUUCGCUAAUGAUUAAACGUAAAACAUAGUUAAGGGUGUUCCUGGGUGC